CAGGCACGAUAGACACUGCAAUGAAAAUAAUUGCAUACAGUGGGUAUUUACAUCUGGGGUUAUAACAGAGAUAGACUGAGGAACACAAAGGGAAUUCCCAGCUGGCAGUUUGUAUUAAAAGACUCUAAGAGCCUCAAGACACUGUUUAUUCAGAAUCCGUAAAAGACGGUUGUGCAAAAUGCGUGUGUUGUGUUGUUUUAUUUUUGUUCUGUUUAUCGAGUGGACGUAUGCAGACUGCGGCGUGGUCAGUAAGAAGGAAUGGGACGGACUAGCAGCACUCCAAGUGGAGUACCUCCCCCGUCCAAUCAACUUGGUCAUCAUUGAGCACACGGUCACGCCGUUUUGUGAAACAACUGCGAAAUGCAAGGAGAGGAUUCGCAACAUCCAGGAUUACAUGAUGGACAACUUUAAUUUCCCUGAUAUUGGAUAUUCUUUCAUGGUUGGCGGUGACGGGAAGGUUUAUGAAGGCGUGGGUUGGCUGCACGUGGGCGCUCACACAUACGGAUACAACCGAAAAUCUAUUGGAAUUGCUUUUAUUGGAAAUUACAACAAUGAUACGCCCACAUCUCAACAACUUGAAGCCGUGAAGCAGUUGUUGAAAUGUGGAGUGGAACAAGGACACCUGACUGCAAACUUCCACGUCAUUGGUCACAAACAAGUCCUCGCCACUGAGAGUCCUGGUCGCAAGCUAUACAACGAGAUCAGAAGAUGGCCACAAUGGCUGGAUAAAGUCGAUCAGAUUUGAAAUGAUUAUAUUGUAAGAACUAUGAUGUCAUUACUACGUAUAGCCGUAAGGAUUAAUAUAAGAUUACUCAUAAA